UUACUUAACGUUAAAAGUAACAGAUUAAAAUUUAUAAAUAGCACUAGCAAACAGUGAUAUUCCAUGUAAGAUAUUUAAUAAUGUGGUUUAAAAUUACCAAAUUUCAUUUCUCAACAGAAAAACUACAAAGUAUCGAAAGAAGCACAGUCGACGAUCUAGGCAGAUGUCAAAACAAUCGCCGUAUCACCAGGGAAAAGAAAAAAACAUUCCUUGCAAAAUGUAAGGAAAUCAGGCAAAUCAGCGAGGAUAUUGGAGGUGAGAGAAUCACUGUAAAAGAGUUCCUGGGAGCAGCAGCGGCAACCAUUGGAAGAAAAGUUGGGAUGCCGAAUGAUGAAGAGGAUGGAGAAGAAGAAGACGAGGAAGAUGAUUUAGGGCCACCUCUAAUCCCAGAACCACGUCAACCACCUGUUGAAGCACGAUAUGCGGGCCCCGGCCUAGAGCGCUACCGGCUGGAGAGGGUUAUAUUGCAAUUUGAUGGUAUCCAAGACUGCCCGCCACCGGAGUUUGUGGCGGAACAAUUGAGGGAGCUGGAAGCCGAUCUAGCAGAGAGAGAGGCUACUGCCCCGCACACCAAUCUGGGCCCUCAAUGCACAUACUGCCAAACAAAUAGGGCCACCCGAAUUGUGGUGCCUUGUGGCCACUGGGCAGGUUGCGCCGACUGCUGCGUCACAAUCCUAAACACCCCAACGUAUUUUGAAGUUGUGGGGGGGAUUGAGCUGGAGGAUGUGCGGCUUCCAAUCAGGUGCCCAUAUUGUAUGAGCCUGGUGGGCAGUUUGAUGAGGACUUUCUAAAUCAUUACCAAAAAUAUUUUCCUAUGUGUGUGUGUGUGUGUGUGUGUGUGUGUGUGUGUGUGUGUGUGUGUGUGUGUGUGUGUGUGCUUUGCAAUUCUUAAUUCGUUUAUUUUCUAUCUUGUGUACAUAGAAUUCGAUAUUGUCUUGGUGUCUCAUGGUGUUUUCUAAUUGACUGAAUCAAAACAAUGUGUUCCACUCAAGUGUGUUGAUUAUUAUAUUAUAAUUUAAUAGUGAUAAUAAUAUUAUGUAUAUCUAUUUGCCGUGGGAAUUUAGAUUC